AUGGCUAUGUUAGGAAAGUUUGAUGUUCGUGAAGACCCUGAACAAAAAGCAAAAUGCGACGAGACAAUGGAAUUGUUAUUAGCUGCUGGAUAUUUUCGAGUGCGCAUCAAAGGUUUAUCCGACUUUGAUAAAGUGGUCGGGGGUCUUGCUUGGAGCAUUCAAGCUUGUAAUUUUGCUGUCGAUAUAGACGUACUCUAUCAAGAAAAUGCGAUUCUUGGUGAAAAAAUAGAAUUGACAGAACGUAUUGUUCUUGUUUUAUCUCGGAUGAAAUGUCCAUAUGUCAUCGAGCCACAUCAGAUUCCAGGCAAUGAUUUUAUCCACAUUUUCCCCGUUGUUCAAUGGCUUGUAAAAAAAGUCUUUGAGCGACGUGCUGAAACUGGUGACUUUAAUCGUGCAUACACAUUGAAUCAAUAUGAUAAAAUUUUCGGUGGUUCAAUCGAAGAAACGCAAUCGUCAUCUUUCAAAGAAAAUGUCGAAGAUAUUCGAAUUCGUCAUCAACCACAACGUCGUUUUCGUUGUUUAGAAAAGAAAAAGAAGCGAUUGACUAAUCCGGAUGAACGUCGCAAGCGUGUUCAUUCUACUCUCGUAGAAUUUGGUCAAAUGCAUCAAUUAAUUGAUCCAACUAGUGGAAAUGAAAAGCCGCAACAAGAUGUUGACGCAUUAAUUAAAAAUAUGGUCGAUGAAAAGUCGAAGAUCGCGACACAAAUAGUGAAUUCUCUAGUUAAUCAACAGCAGGAUACUCUUCGCGGAAUUAUAGAAGAUUUUGAAGAAAAAGAAAAAGCUCGUCUUGAAGAAGCCUUUUCAUCUGAAAGUGGACAGCAACUAUUAGCAAUUCGUACGUUCAAAGUUCAAUUGAAUAAACAAACUGAAAGAAAGCAAAUAUUACAAACAAAUAUUGAACAAGCACAAAGUAAAAAGGAACAGACAUUCAAAGCAGCAUCAGCAAUUAAACAACAAUACGAAGAAUUAAAAGCUGAAUUAGAUGAAAUCGAAAUACAAACACAGAAUAUCGAUCCAGAAGCAUUAAAACGAGUUCAAGCCUUAGUAGCAGCUUAUGAACAAGCUAAAAAAGAAGAAAGUGAACGACGUGCUGCAUUAAAAAGUGAAAAGAAUGAUCUUGAACAAGAAAUCGUCAAACUAGAAGCACGUUUACAAGCAUCACCUGAGACAGAUAGUGCGGAAAACGAGAAAAUGAAACAGAUUAACGAGCAAUACCAAACAAUUUCGGAUCGUUUACAAAAACAACGUAUCACAAUGGCUAAGAAGGUGCGUGAAAUCUCGGUGAUUAGUCGUCGUAUCGAUGACAUUCCAUCAGCGAAUGAACUAGCUCAAUAUCGGCAAGCCUUCUUUCAACUAUAUAGUCAGAGUGCUGUUUUACAUCGACAAACAAAACAAAACUAUACAUUAUACAACACAUUCACUGAUAUGAUUGGUUAUAUAACGAACGAAAUCAUGUUGAUCGAAUCAGUUAACGAAGGUUAUCCUCGUGCGAUAGUAUCAACCAGCGGCAAGGAACUGUUUCUCAAACAAUUAGAAGCUAUUGUUGAGAGUGUCAAGCAAAACCGUUUGAAAAUUGAACGACGACAGCAGGAAGAGAAGUCAAAACGUGAUACAUUGAAUAUUCAAUUUACACAAUUGAUUGAAAAAGCACGACAAUAUGCAAAAGUUUUCAAAGAUUUUCAAGAAAAGUAUAAUUGUGUUCAUAUUGGAUUCGAUGAGUUAGAAAGAACAAUGCAAAGCUCAUGGUUAACAUCAGCGCUGUUUCGCAAAUCUCACUGCCGAUAUAGUGACAAAUAUGAUAAGCGGUUUUUUCGGAUGGAAACAAGCAAUCGUGGAUAUGAUUUUAUGUAA